UCCUCGGACGGUUUAUGUAGUUAUUCUGGGAUCAGUUACACGUACUCAGUUUUGCGUUGCGAUUUCACGGCGAGAGCAGUCGCCAGGCGAACGUCGUUGGCGCGAGGUUGAGGAGUAGAAACUAGUGCAGAGGCUGAAGUAGCUGGUAAAACACGUCUGAGGGACUGGGGCUGGAGAUUAUCGGUCUCGCAAGUUCAAGGAGAUUGAACUUUGAUCGUGCAUUCGUGUCUCAAGGCCAACAUGGGCUUUCUCAAAUCAGUUGGCACUUCGUUCAUCUACAUCGCGACAUUCCUGGCGGCGAUUACUUAUAUCCCUGGACUGCCACCCAACAUCGAGACCAGGUCCUAUGAAUUCAAGCUUCCGGUAGGAAUUAACAAAGAACCGAAUGGUCGGCUGAAUGGAGCGGAGAAGCUGUUCAAAGGUGAAAUCAAGGGGCCUGAGGCCUUCGAUGCGUAUGAUGGAGUUUUGUACACGACUCUGCAUGGGGGCAGUGUCAGCAAACUCGUGGGGAACAAACUCGUCGAGGUCGUGAAAUUCGGGAAAAAGUGUGACGGAUUAUGGGAGGAAGAGAAAUGUGGACGUCCUCUGGGGCUCAAAUUCGACAAGAAGGGAAACCUCUUCGUCGCCGACGCAUACUACGGUAUUUUCAAAGUCAACGUGAAGACAGGGAAGUACGAGAAGAUUGUGGAUCCAGCCCAACCGAUCAGUGGGAGGAGACCAAUGCUCCCGAACAGCAUUGAUGUAACGUCGAAUGGUGAUCUGUACUGGACAGACUCCAGUAGUGAUUUCAAACUGUACGAUGGAAUCUUUGCGAUGCUGGCUGAUCCCUCCGGAAGAUUGAUCCGUUACAAUGCAGCAUCGAAGAGGAACGAAGUCCUAAUGGACAAACUGAGUUUCGCUAACGGUUUAAAACUCUCCGACGACGAGUCCUUCCUCUUAGUGGCAGAUCUCGGUAAAUCCCGUAUUCACAAGUACCACCUGAAGGGUCCAAAGGCUGGAAAGAGUGAGAUAUUCAUAGAAUCCCUGCCAGGACUUCCAGACAACAUCCACAGCGAUGGUCAGGGUAAUUUCCUGGUGGCUCUGCCCACAUCAGCUGAUGAGGAGCAUCCCCAGUUGGUCCAGUCCCUGGCGCCCCACCCCUACCUCCGGAAGAUGGUCCUGAGACUCCUGGGGAUCCUGGAGGCGCCCUUCAAGUUCCUGGAGCAGGUGUACCCGAAUUAUUACUCUAAGAAGAUCAUUCAUUCCAUUGGACACUUCGAGUCUUCUGCAUUUCUCUUGGAGAAAUCUGUAACUGUCUUGAGGAUCGAUCCCCACGGCCACAUCCUGGACGUCCUGCAGGCAUCUGAUGGACAGAUAAACACAAUCACCUCUGCCUUCCCCCACGAUGGCUACCUCUGGCUGGGAUCCUUCUCCAAUGACUAUCUAGCUAGAGUUCCUCUGGAGAAGGCUCUUCCUGGGCUCAAGAAGAUCGAGAAGAAGGAGAGGAAAAAGGUCGAGACUCCUGAGGUGACGACGACUCCUAGACCCACAACAACAAGAACAACCACUACAACAACUCCUCGACCUACAACAACAACUCAGAAACCGACUACAACUACUCCAAAACCAACGACGACUCAACCCCCUAAGAAACCUGUUCAGCAGAAGAAGGCGCAGCCCGACGUUAAACCGGUGAAAGAACAGCCUGAGAAGAAAAACGAGAGGAAGAAUGAGAAAUUGAGAGACGAGAUUUAAACAUUUCCCCAUUUUUUUUACUCAUUGAUGAUCGAGUGUAAGGAUGCGUGGUAAACCAUGAGAAGUUGAUUUAAUUUUUUUCUGAAUUGUUUAUUUAUCUCGUGAUGUCAGGAGAUGUACAUGGGGAAUUGAAUUUCCUGUUAAAGUUUCUUGAUGUUCUCUCGUAAUUUAGUAAGUCGUUGAACGUUGGCUCGAAGAGCCCAAGACUGUUCUAUGAUUAAAGAUAAUGACGAAUGAAAUGAGAGAUAAAAUUACGUAACUAUUACUUUGAAGACAUCAUUUUAAGAAAAUAAUUCAUCGAUUAAUGUAGAAUUAAGAAGUAGCUGUUCUUUUUCCCACUGAAUCAGCUUAAUCUAGUUGUUCUGGAGUAAAUGUACAUUCCAAAUGUAAUUCCAUGAAGCAAGGCUUCCAGUAAUGUUGAUAAGCACUUCAAACUAUUGAAAUUCAUCAUCAGAAACGAUGUGUUAAACACUGUGAUGUUAAUGGAUUAUUAUUAAGGGAUUUUCCAACUGUAAAUACUGUUGAGAAAUGCUGAUCUUCUUUUUCCAUUCCUUUUGCAAUAAAACUUUCUAUUGGUGACUGGUGGGUGUGUCUUGUAUACAUACGUACGUUGAAUAUUUCAAUAAAUAAAUGAUUAAAGCGUAUAAAAAAUG